AUGACACAUUUCAUCAUGCCCUUAACCAAGCACAAAUCACAAACCCUUAGUCCCCUGUCAUACCUUGAGAAUUCCUAAAAACAUGGCUGGAGUUUCUCACCAAAGGGUGAUUUUUCCUGACUUCAAACUCAAAAUCGGUUUGUUCUUAUGUCUUGUUGGGAUAGUUUCAGCUUCAGAUUUAACUUCUUCAGCAACAGAUGCUGUUACUUCAGCUGAAUAUCAGUUGAGCACUAGUUUUUAUAAUUUACGGUGUCCCUUGGCCCUUCUUACCAUUAAGACACUAGUAACCGCUGCUGUGUUGAAAGAGCCUCGCAUGGGUGCAUCCUUGCUCCGUCUUCAUUUCCAUGAUUGCUUUGUCCAAGGAUGCGAUGCAUCGGUUUUAUUGAACGACACGGCAACUUUCGUGGGCGAACAAAAUGCAUUCCCCAACCGUAAUUCUCUAAGGGGUUUCCAAGUCAUAGAGGACAUAAAAACAAAACUAGAGUUUUUGUGCCCUGGUGUUGUCUCUUGCGCUGACAUCCUAGCCGUUGCUGCAAGGGAUUCUGUCGUUGCUCUUGGUGGACUUGGUUGGCAAGUUGGCUUGGGCAGAAGGGACUCAACCACUGCAAGUUUAAGUGGAGCUAACUCAGAUUUACCAGCUCCAUUUCUGGAUCUCAAUGCCCUUAUUGCUGCUUUCCAAAAGAAGACUUUCACAGUAGAUGAAAUGGUUGCUUUAUCAGGUGGGCACACAAUAGGCAGGGGCAGGUGUGUAACCUUCCGAUCAAGGAUUUACAACGAAAGCAACAUAGAUUCCACAUAUGCAAACCGAAUGAGAGAGAAUUGUCCCAAGAUAGGUGGUGAUGACUCCUUGUCUCCUUUGGACAUCACCUCUCAAGACGUUUUCGACAGUGCUUACUUCAGGAACUUGAUUUCCGAAAAGGGUCUUUUCCACUCUGAUCAACAACUCUAUAGUGGCGGUUCCACGGACUCCAAGGUUGAAGACUAUGCCACCAACCCAUUACUCUUCAGAUCAGAUUUUGCUAAGGCCAUGCUCAAGAUGAGUAACCUUAGCCCUCUUACCGGCGCACAGGGUCAGAUCAGAAAAGUGUGCAGCAGAGUGAAUUGAGUUUUUGGCAACCAAAUCCAGCAUGCAUGGGAUAUCAAGGAAUCCGAUUAUAUCAACUUAUUUGUUUGUCUUUUUGUUUGUGGAAGUUUCGAUUACGUGUAUUUGUCAUCUUGUGUCUACAUUUGUCGGGUAAUUCACUGUUGCUAAAAGCCUAAAACUGCGUUUAGUUUCAGGAGAUUUUGCAAUUAUUGUAUAACUAUGAUGUAUGUUGUAUUUUUAUUUUUUUUUUGUAUUGGGCCUACUCAUUAAUUUUUUUUUCUCAUUGUAUUCGAUUUGAAAA